UAUCUACAGACGUACUGAGUCCUUGGGAGCAAACAUUGUUGAAUGAGUUGUUAGACCUGCGAGCGAAGCUUGCAACCUCAUCUUCAUCAGCUACUAAGCGACGUUUUUCAAACCUGGAUAACUAUGAAGAAGAACAACAAACAAACGUAAAGAAAAUUCAGAGCUAUCCUUCUCUCUCAUCUUUUGCCCUCUUUAAUACUCUUAUUUAUCAUCAUGUUAAGGACAAGCAGUUACUUAUUCACCGUCCCCCAGAAUGCGUUGAGCCGCCAGUACAAGUUUAUCACAAUGUUUUCACAAAAAUAUACCGCAGUGAACACGAGCGUUCUAUAGUGUUUAAAGAAAAAAUUCGUAAAUUAUUUGGUGAGGAAUUAAGAGUAAUUAGCCUGGAAGAUGAUUCUUCAAAUGGCGUGUUAGAAUCUAAUGUCUUUUCAAAAAGUGUUUUACGUUUUCUUGUUGAGAUGAAAAAUGAAAUUGGCACUGGUAGCUGUGAUCCAACUAUCCAGGCUGGAGCUUCUUUUGCAAAAUAUUAUAUCCAAGAGACAUAUGGGGAAGUACUUAAAUGGUGCAACUGGCCGUUAUUUAUCUUAUGCUUAGCUGAACCGUGG